GAACAAAGAGGGGACAGGAAUUGGAAGCCAAUUGAGGUUAUGCCUUUGUUUAUACACGUGCGAAAGACAUUCCUUCAGAGUCUAAGAACUUUCUUCUCACCGUUGAAACAUGGCACUAAAAGGAAAGCGAUUAAGCCUAGCAGAUAAAAUAAGCAGCCUGGUCUCAAGUGCUCCGACUAGUUUCGAUUCAGAUGAUGAGUACGACGUGACGAAGGCCAAGCUGGUGGAACGCGACACCGAGGAGGAAAACUCCGAUCUCGAGGUUAGAAAGUCAAACUUCCGAACGCAGAACGUUGAUUUAUUAGACGAAGUAGAUAAGAGAUACGAGGGCAAAAAGGUGAGCAGAAAAUCACUGCAACGAGAAGCCAGUCCUGUUGUCGAGUCGCUGGAAGAUUCGGAGUUAGAAAAUGGGAGUUUUGAGGAAGAUGACGCUGAAACAUCAGAUUCCGGAGGUGGUGAUAGCGACGAAAGUGAUGAAGAGGUUGAAACUGAUUCUGACAACGAACCGGAGCUUGAAAUAGACAAUUCAAACCCUUUACGCAGGCGAGGUAAAAGCGAAAUGGAGUCCAACUUCAAACACAUGUCGCUGACAGACUCUAGGGCUGAAAUUGAAAAGGGCAGGUGCGUGCGAAGUCAGCUUGGGAUUUGGGAAAACCUGUUGGAAAUGAGGAUAAAGUUACAGAAGUGUCUGAUAUCCAGUAACAAAAUGCCACAGUAUGACAUUCACAAGGAUCUCAGGGCGGACAAAACUUUUGUGAAAAGUACAAAUGAAUCUCAAAAGAAUUUGACCAAACUCUUGGACAAUUUGCUCAACCUUCAGAGUUCUCUUUUAAUAAAAUAUCCAGAGACGAAGCUGUUGGUAAAAAAUAAAGAGGCGAGCAAUAACGCGAGUGACAAAGAAGAAAGCAGAGAUGACAACGAUGAAGAAAUUCCUUCCGAUACUGAGGAAGAAAAGGAAGCAGAAGAAGAAAAGAAGGACGAAGAAGAGGAGGAGAGAGUCCCGAGGAAGAAAAGAAAAGUAAAUGAUUACGAGUCGCUUUUAGCGAAGAAUCACAACUUGUAUACAAACUAUAGGAAUUCAGUGAUACAAAAAUGGAAUGACAAGACUCGUAUCGCGGUCGGCAAUGUAAAUACUAAGGGAUCGACACAGCCGGUGGUUAAACAGAUUGAAUUUAUCCUAAGCGACAAGUCAAAGCUGAGAAAGCGAGCUCAGUUGAAAAGAUCGGAGUACGAAAUUGUCGGUAAGCAACAAAGCAACGAGGCAGCUCAAGAUGGCAGAAGAGAGCAAGAAUACGACGGUGAAAUUUAUGACGACGACGAUUUCUACCAUCAGCUUUUGCGAGAGUUGAUCGAAUUUAAAUCUGCCGACAUCACUGAUCCGAUACAGCUUAGCAAACAGUGGAUACAGCUUCAAAAUAUGAGGAGUAAAAUGAAGAGAAAAAUCGAUACAAAAGCGACGAAGGGAAGGAGAAUUCGGUUCGGUGUUCAUUCUAAGCUUGUGAAUUUCAUGGCUCCCAUAACGGUUGAUGAUAAUUGGACCGAUUUGGCUAAAAACGAAUUGUACAGUUCUCUGUUCGGUAAGAUAAAGGAAGUGGAACAGAAAUAGUGAAAAUGUAGAGCGAAUUUCCUAAAAAAUAAAUACUAUUGUAUAAAAGCUUGGUUCUGUACAUAACGUUUCAUGAAUUGUAAAAAUAAAUUCCUCUAUUCUAUGCUCCGUU